GUGUUUGGCGAGAUGGACCAACUCGUGGUCUUAGCCAGUCGAAAAGACAAUCCAAAAAAAAAAAAAAACACGCGUGUUUUCUGUUGAAAUUCAAACAUCCAGCUAAAAUAUUUAAGCCAAAAUGCGCAAAAAAGGACGUCGCAACAAGAAAGCGCCCAAAGUGAAGGUGGAUGCUCCCGUUUUCGAAGAACCGACGGCACUCAAGAAUGCACCGCACACAUUUGUUAUCCAUCGAGGCGAAAGGUGUUCCUCGGUGGUGGCACUGUCCCGAGAUUUCCGUCGCAUGAUGGAACCUUUUACCGCUAGCGCCCUGCGGGAACGACGCGUCAACAAGGUCAAGGAUUUUGUCCACCUGUCCGGAUUCUUCCACGUAUCACACAUGUGCCUGUUCUCGCUGUCCCCGCAAACGUUGUCACUGAAAAUCAUUCGCAUGCCAAAGGGACCGACUCUGACCUUCCGGGUGACGCAAUACACUCUCGCCAAGGACGUGAUCAGUAUGACGAAAAAGCAAUUUGUGGACGAGGAAAGCUUCCAUACGGCCCCGUUGGUCAUUCUGAAUAGUUUCAGCGGUGAAGGAAGACAUCUGAAACUAAUGGCUUCGACUUUCCAGAACAUGUUUCCGCCCAUCAAUUUAUCAACGGUGAAGCUUUCGUCGUUGAAACGGUGUGUUCUUCUAUCGUACAAUCCAGUUUCCAAACUGAUCGAUCUGCGCCACUAUUCCGUCACUGUGGUACCGGUGAACUUGAACAAGGGUGUUAAGAAAGUCGUAACACGAAACAUCCCCAACAUGUCCAAGUUUGAAGACAUCGCUGAUUUUGUGGAGAAAGGUCAUUUGCUGUCUGACUCUGAAUUCGAUGACGAAGAAACUCAUGUUGUUCUUCCGCAAAAUCUACGGAGAGGCAACCUUGCGGACAACAAAUCUUCGUUGCGGUUGCACGAAAUUGGGCCUCGUGUAACAAUGCGCCUGAUGAAGAUCGAGGAAGAUUUGCUGACGGGAGAAGUUCUGUAUCACGACUACAUCCAGAAGAAUGCCAUCGAAGUGGAGGAGCUGCGCAAGAAGCGUGCCGCCAAAAAGCGUCUGAAGGAGCAACGCAAGGAGAAGCAGGAGGAGAACAAGAAAAAGAAGGACGUUCAGAAGGCAGAACACAAGGCCAAGACUUCUGGUGGAACUCUCACCGACAGGGACAAGCAGUUGCUCAAGGAUGCUGAGGAAGCCAUUGGCGAGCAGUCGGAUGAGGAUGAUACCCGAUACUAUGAGGAUGCUAUUGGGGAAGCGCCAGAAAAAGAACUGUUCCAAGGACAAAGCGGCACCAGAAAGAGGCCUUUCAUUCCAAAGGGAUCGAACUAUUCGCUGAAACCGAAGAAGCCCAAACUGGACAAGAAGAAGGAAUACGAUGAAGAUGAUAGAGAUGACCGUAGAGGUCGGGCUGGGCCAGGAAAGAAGGGCAAAGGUUCCUUCAAGGGAAAAGGGACGCCAUCUAAGAAAGGCGGUAAGUUCUCGGGAAAGAAAACUGGCGGAGACUACAAGGGAAAGUCAAAGUAUGCCGGUAAGAAAGGGGAAGGAAAAGGUCAAGGAAAACCGAAGUUUAAGGGGGGCAAGAGGAAGUAGUUAAUCAGGAUGUUACAUUUUUAAUAUAAACUUAGAUGGUAACACCAAAAAA